CUGCAUCUGGCAAUGCUAGCAAAUUGUCAACGUGCAGUUCCUGGUGUCAAUCCAAAUAAUUAUCAACCACCGCCACAGCAGCAACAUUAUCAACCACCACCUCCUCAGUACCAGCAACAAGCCCCACAGCAUCAGCAACAACAUUAUCAACAGCCUCCUCAACAGCAGCAACCGCCGCAACACCAGCAAAUGCAACAGCAGCAUCAGCAGCAUCAGCAGCAAUUUCAACAGCAGCCCCAUGCGGACCAAGGCCCCCAGCAAGUUUUGCAUACCGGCAAUUUACAACAAGAGAAACAACACAUCGCAGAGCAUAUGGAUGUCCCGAUCGACACAAGCAAGAUGAGCGAACAGGAGCUACAGUUCCAUUACUUCAAAAUGCACGACUCGGACAACAACAACAAGCUAGACGGAUGUGAGCUGAUAAAAUCACUCAUCCACUGGCACGAACAAGGCAAGGCACAAGAAAACAGCGGCCAACCACAGCACGAGGAAAAAAUAUUUUCCAAUGACGAACUAUCAGCCCUGAUCGAUCCCAUCCUCAACUCGGACGAUCACAACCAGGACGGUUUCAUCGACUACCCGGAAUUUGUACACGCACAGCACAAAGCAGCCCAGCAGCAACAACAAGAUCAACAAGCACAACAAGCUCAUCCUUAAAGAACGCAAUCUCCUGAACUAUGCAAUCAGUUAUGCAGCGAAUCGGAAAAGUUAUAAUAGACUGAACAAAGACUAAACGAGCUUUCAAAGCACCGCAACGAUUGGACGAAGUAAAAAGGCAUUUGGCAGCAAUCCUUUCAGAGUCAUUAUUUGGCAUACAAAAUUUUCUCGAAGCGAGAUGUUUUAUAAUUCAUAUUUAUCUUGUAAUAAUUCAUUUAUUUAUCAAUAUGUCUCUCAUAUUGAAGUCUCCCUAAUUUCGCACAAAAUUCGACAGUAUUAGCAUUCCGAUCCUUCUUAUGAUUGGGGAACAACAACUGCCCUGUAGUAUACGGCUUUCAUCAUCCUCCAAAUAUUCCGUAGCAUAUUCCAACAUUCAUAAAAAAAACUCGUGUCCCCCCGUGUCACAUACAAUUCACUCUUGCUACUCACAUGCUAUGAUCACUGGGUUUCAUUCCAAGCACACUUUGAAAGUUGCCAAAGUAGUAUUUGAACGGUGGUUAUCGAUAUCUCAAAGAAUGAAAGGUCUUUUGUAAUGUAUGAUGUAUGUAAAUGUUGGUGUUUUUGUUUCGCGUAGGCUUUUUUGUUUUCUAAUUUGAAAAUUAUAUAAAUAUACACCGGCUGGUACAUCAGUACCAGCAAAUCAUUUUCCUACCCGUUUAAUUGUGGGAACUUCGAAGCAGCUCAUUAAGCAUUCUCAUCCGCGUCAGGUGAUGUUUACUAUUAUGUGUCCAAAAAUUUCCAUUUUUCGACCUAAUGAAGAAAAUCACUCUUUUAUUUGGUCCAUUAAAUCAUGGCA